AUGGCGGAGAGUGUGGAGGCGGAGGACUCCUCCGCCGGGCUGGUUGUCCCUCUCGGAUCAGCGUCCCUUACCCACUCCUGCACCGAUCCUAGACGAGCCCCAGAGGAGGCGCCGGAGGGGGCUGCGGCAGGUGGAGAGGGCGGGGAAGAGGGCACCGAGGGAGGCGGUGACAAUUGCGAUGGAGGUCAAGCCGGGCCCCUGGGAUUAUUGGGCUUGGCAGGGACCUGCUGCGUGUGCAUAGAGAUGGAACAGGUGCGCAGUUGCCUGCGCUCGGAGAAGAUCUGCAUCCUCCCCAUCCUGGCCUGCCUGCUCAGCCUGGCCCUCUGCACUGCCGGCCUCAAGUGGGUCUUUGUGGACAAAAUCUUUGAGUAUGAGCCGCCCACCCACCUGGACCCUGAUCGCAUGGAACAAAACCCCUUCAUCAUCAUUUCUGACCCCACACAGGAUCUGCCAGUGUCAUUUCCCCACCCCUCCCUUGUCCCAAUGCCGACGACCACCACCACAGGACAACCUGAGGUCAUAGUAGAAGGGAAACCCACCGGAGGACCCUUUGUACCCCAGUCCCCCAGAGUGACUCAGUACACCCCUACUUCUGCAUUGACGUACCGCACAGACCCGCCCACGCAACCUGGACCCCCUAACACCCCAAAACCAGUGAACAAGGGGACACCAAACCCCUACACCCAAACUACUGUGGAAUCUAAUGACGUUAUUCUCCCUAAAUUCUCUGCCACCAGCACCACCGCUGUGGUGAAGACCUCCAGCCACAUGACGCGCUGUCGUGACAGCCAGAAAAACUACUGCGUAAAUGGAGGGGAGUGCUUCACCCUGGACAUCACCCCUGGCAGGUCCAAGUUCCUCUGCAGGUGUCCAAAUGAAUUUACUGGUGAUCGCUGUCAAAACUACGUAAUGGCCAGCUUCUACAAACAUCUUGGGAUUGAAUUUAUGGAAGCUGAGGAGCUGUAUCAGAAACGUGUAUUAACAAUAACAGGAAUCUGCAUUGCACUCCUAGUGGUUGGAAUCAUGUGUGUGGUUGCCUACUGCAAAACAAAAAAGCAGAGGAAAACGCUCCAUCAUCUUCUGAGGCAGAGCCUACGAAAUGAGAGAAACACCAUGGCUAGUAUGGCUAAUGGACCUCCGAUUUAUAACCCUUCCCUUGAAAACGUCCAGUUUGUCAAUCAAUUUGUGUCUAAAAAUGCAUUGCCCACACAGCAUCUACCCGUGAAGGAAACGGAAAUGUCUUUCUCCACGAGCCAGUACACAUCAUCAGUGCAUCAAUCCACAACGGUCACCCACACCUCCAGUCAAAGCUGGAGCAACUGCCGCAGCGAGUGUGCCUUCUCUCACAGCUGCUCUGUCUUGGUGAUGUCAUCAACGGAGAACAGCCGGCACGCCACGCCCAUCCACCGGGGUCGUUUGGACGCCACGGGCGGCGCCAGAGACCUGAGUGUCUACCUGAAGAACACCCGAGACACGCCAGACUCCUCCAGGGACUCGCCGUUCAGAGACAGGUAUGUAUCAGCAAUGACCACCCCAACGCGCCUGUCUCCUGUGGAGUUGCUCUCUCCCGUGACCCCGGCCUCCCCUCCUUCUGAGAUCUCGGCCCCACUAUCCAGCCUGGCCACCUCAGUCCCCUCGGUGGCAGUCAGCCCCUCUGGCGAAGAGGAGCACCCCCUGCUGUUCACCACCACGCUGUGGCCCCGUGACAAGCCGCCGCGCCCCGACCACCACCACAGCCAGUCCAAAAGGAACUCUGCCCACUACAACUAUGGCCACAAGGCCCACAGCCCCCCGCCCAGCCCGCUGAGGAUUGUCGAGAACGACAAAUGCGAGACCACGCAGGAGUACGAGGCGGUCGCCGCCACGGUUGUGGUACCAACCUUCCCCCCGCAAAGCCUCCCGAAAAAACUCACAAACAGCAACAAUGGCCGACGUGCCAAUAGCACAAAGCCCAACGGCCACACGACGGGCCACGAAACGGAGUCCAACGAGCGAGUGAGCAGUACGGCGAGGAGCAGCUCGGAGAGCGACACGGAGGAGUCCUAUCGCGUGGGAGAGGACACGCCCUUCCUGAGCUUACAGGAUUCCAUAGCUGCGGGUGUGGAGCCGCUCACAGACAGUUGCAGAACUUACCCAGCACUCCGACUCUCCCCGCAGGAUGACCUGCAAGCCAGGUUAUCCAGCAUCAUCGCCAACCAAGAUCCAAUUGCUGUAUAA